ACUGUGGCUGUGAAGACCGCGGACCAAUAAGAUUAGGUUCUCAUUAACAUAAGCUGCAGUUUUACCACAGCGAACUGCUUCAACCUCACAUUAUUAUACGGAAAUACAGCUAACGUUUGAGUUUUUAAGCUAACGUUUCUCUAACGUCUCUACUGGUGACAGUGCAGAGCUUUGCUUGAGCUGAUAUAAUCCACCAAUGUGGGCGGGGCCAGGAUGAGUGAUGAGCUGCUAUUGGAGGAGACGCUCAUCAAGCGUUCGCAGCAGAAGAGGAGGACGUCGCCGCUCAACUAUAAGGAGAGACUGUUUGUUCUCACCAGGAGCCGGCUCACGUACUACGAUGGGAAAGCAGAGAAGAGGUUCAGAAGAGGCUCGAUCGAGCUGAGCCGUGUCAGGUGUGUGGAGAUCGUUAAGAACGGAGUAGGAAUCAUCCCCUGCCAGAACAAAUACCCCUUUCAGAUCGUGUACGAUACCAACACUCUGUAUGUGUUUGCUCCGAGUCACGACAGCAGAAGUCUGUGGGUCCAGAGCCUCAAACAGGAGAUCAAAGACAACAUGGUUGUACUGGCAAAGUUCCACCCUCAGUUCUGGCAGGAAGGGGUGUGGCUCUGCUGUCGCCAGGCAGAAAAACAGGCUCUGGGCUGUGAGGAGUACAACCUGUUUGGAGACAUUUCUAGAAAACCUUUACCCCCGAUUCCUGGAGAGGAGCGUAAAAACGGGAAGCAGCAGGGUCGACGUGCUCCGCCCAUUCCUCAGUCUAGUAAGGAUGAAGCUGAGGAGGAGGAGGAGGAGGAGGAGAUGGUGGUGGCAUUGUACAACUUUGCGGGCACCGAGCCACAUGACCUGAGCCUGGUGAAAGGAGGCGAGUACGUCAUUGUGGAAAAAUGUGACGUCAACUGGUAUAAAGCACGCAACAAGUAUGGAGAGGAAGGCUACAUCCCAAGUAACUAUGUAACAGAGAAGAAAUCCGGAAACCUGGAGCAGUUUGUCUGGUACAGUAAACAAGUCAACAGAAACAAGGCUGAAGAUCUGCUGAGAAAGGAGGACAAAGAAGGAGCCUUCGUUGUCAGAGACUCGAGUACUGCAGGAGCGUACACCGUCUCUCUCUAUACCAAGAAUUCUGCUGGGGAUGGACAAGCAGCUGUAAAACAUUACCACAUCAAAGAGACUCAAAGCUCGCCUCCACAGUUUUACCUGGCUGAGAAACACCUGUUCAACUCCAUCCCCGACCUCAUAGACUACCACAAACACAACGCAGCAGGUCUUGUUUCCAGGUUAAGGUAUCCUGUAGGAAAACAGGACAAGUCUGCUCCAUCCACUGCUGGUUUCAGCUACGAGAAGUGGGAGAUCAACCCCAGCGAGCUGACCUUCAUGAAGGAGGUUGGCAGCGGUCAGUUCGGUCUAGUCAGGCUGGGAAAGUGGAGGGCUCAGCACAAAGUGGCCAUCAAGACCAUCAGAGAGGGAGCCAUGUAUGAGGAGGACUUCAUCGAGGAGGCCAAGGUCAUGAUGAAACUGUCCCAUCCUAACCUGGUGCAGCUGUACGGUGUGUGCAGCCAGCAGAAGCCGAUCUACAUCGUCACAGAGUUCAUGGAGCUCGGCUGUCUGCUGAACUUCUUGAGGCAGCGGCGGGGCAGCUUCACUAAGGACUCCCUGCUCAGUAUCUGCCUGGACGUCUGUGAGGGGAUGGAGUACCUCGAGGCCAACGGCUUCAUCCACAGAGACCUGGCUGCAAGAAACUGUCUGGUGAACGACGCCCAGGUGGUAAAGGUGUCUGACUUUGGCAUGACAAGGUAUGUGUUGGACGACCAGUACACCAGCUCCUCAGGUGCUAAGUUUCCUGUGAAAUGGUCGCCUCCGGAAGUUUUCAACUUCUGCAAAUACAGCAGCAAAUCAGACGUGUGGUCGUACGGUGUGUUGAUGUGGGAGGUGUUCACGGAGGGUCGCAUGCCAUUUGACCAGAAUCAGAACCAUGAGGUGGUUAACUUGGUAACCAAAGGUCAAAGACUUUACAGGCCCAAAAUGGCCACGCCCACCAUCUAUGACAUCAUGCAGCGGUGUUGGCACGAGAGACAAGAAGAACGACCGCCAUUCUCUCAGCUCACCAUGAUGAUCUCUGACAGUCUUGAGGAUGACGUCCCUCCCCCAAUCUGACAAAUGGACCAAUCAGCUGCUUCCACUAAUCACGCCAGCUAUGUUCUCCCCAGCUUGGAGAGUGCACUUAAUUGGUACCAACAUUAUUUGGGACUGACCAAUCAUGUCAAAAGGGUCGACCUAUCACAAUGGCUGAAGUCUUCCACCAAUCAGAGCACAGCUUGAGUAACAACUGUAGGAACUGGCACUGCUCCUCAUAUGGGAUUUGUUGAACCAUUUGUUUCUUUAAGUUUAAGGACUGGACUGCAACAUGAGCUGGAAGAGAAAUAGAAAACAUGUCAGUGACUUAUUGAUGAACACAUUAACUCAGAUUAUUACUUCCUGGAUCGUUCCAGUAAUCUUGGGAUGGCAUCAGUGUUUCCUCCAAUAGAGUCAAUCCUUUAGUCAGAGAUCUGUUCAUAAAAAGAGAGAAAUUACUGAGUAGUUAAGGAAUCUCUACUGGUCAUUUCACAUUUGCUUGUAUGAUCUGAUCUAAUCUUGGUUUGUGACAAUCAGUCAAAAUUUUUAUGCUGGGCACUUCUUAAUACAGAAGACAUUGCAGUACUCAAUGUCUCAACUCAAUCCGACAAAGUACAACAUGAUAAACGUGAUUUGUCUUGUCUGCCAUGACAGCCACGCCAUGUUUAUUCCUAACAUGGAAAUUUUGGACAUUGCAUCAAGGACCACUACAUCAGGAAAUGUGGACUGCUACAGGAAGCUGCUGUUCUGUUUGUGCUGCUUACUUGUGAUGGACCAUGACUAUUCUCCGUUAUUGACCUUCGUUCCUCUUGACCAUGAUCCAUUCGGAGGUUAAUUUCAUCUCAGGGUGUGGAGAUGAAGUAGCAGGGAAGAACAGCGAGAUUCCCCUGACAUUAUCUUUUUUGUAUUUAUAUAUUAUGUUUAAAAUCUGUCAAAUAUGCCUGAAAACGAGUUUAAAAUGACAAGACAAUCAAAGAGGAAAUUACCAUUAAAACUUUGUAAAUG